AUGGCGCGAUACAUUCCUGGCUUCAGCAGCAGAUUCGGCCUAUCCUUCACGAGAGCCGUGGAACCGGAAGGAGCGCAACGGGACGCGACGAGGGCUCAUGCCGAGCGGGCAGAUCCAAGAAAUCCUCUAUCCCGAGCGAGAGACAAUGAGGAUAUUGAAAUCGAUCACGAUCAUGGCAAAGACAGAAGGAUCUACGUGUCUCAAGAGUCCAUCAAAGUGAUAGCAGAGAGCAUUGGUGUUGGUAAUUUUCCGGAUGAGGCUGCGAAAGAUCUUGCAGAGGAUGUCAGUUACAGGCUAAAAGAAAUUGUUCAGGAUGCUGCAAAAUUCAUGAGACAUGGAAAACGUCAGCGAAUGACUGCGCACGACAUAGAUCAUGCGCUGAAGAUCAAGAACAUUGAGCCGACAUACGGAUUUUUCGCCAAGGAUCACAUACCGUUCCGCUUUGCGUCAGGUGGCGGUAGGGAGUUGCAUUUUGUGGAGGAGAAAGAAAUCGACCUUAACGAGGUUGUAGCUACAGCCGGCGGACAGUCGUGGCCGAAGCUUCCUCUGGAAAUUACGUUACGAGCCCAUUGGCUGUGCAUUGACGGGGUUCAACCUACCAUACCAGAAAAUCCACCGCCAGUGUCAAAAGACGUCCAGAAACUGGAGAGCGUCGACCCGACGGUUAAGCUCUCCAGCAAGAAUCAGAACAUCGGCGUCGGUAAGCCGGGCGGCGGUGGCAAAAGUCAGAAGCUGCGGAACGUCGAGACCGUUCACGUGAAGCAGCUCGCGACGCACGAACUCAGCGUGGAGCAGCAGCUGUACUACAAGGAAAUAACCGAAGCGUGCGUUGGCUCCGACGAGGGUCGCAGGGCCGAGGCGCUUCAAUCGCUCUCGGCGGAUCCAGGUCUACACGAGAUGUUGGCGCGUAUGUGCACCUUCAUCGCGGAGGGUGUGCGGGUCAAUGUAGUGCAGAAUCACCUCGCGCUUCUCAUCUACCUCAUGCGAAUGGUCAAAGCCCUACUUGACAACCCGAGCCUCUACUUGGAGAAAUAUCUUCAUGAAUUGAUACCGUCAGUUGCAACCUGCAUAGUUUCUCGACAAUUAUGCAUGAGACCGGAGGUGGACAAUCAUUGGGCGUUACGCGAUUUUGCUUCCCGACUGAUGGCGCAGAUAUGUAAAAAUUUCAACACCUCCACGAAUAAUGUGCAAACUAGAGUCACUCGUAUGUUUAGUCAAGCAUUGGCAAAGAAUAGUCAGACACCAUUGGCAUCUCUGUAUGGGGCGAUCGAAGGGCUCUGUGAAUUGGGACCAGAGGUGAUCAAAGCUCUGGUAAUUCCUAAAAUUAAGUCUAUCUCUGAGCGUAUCGAAUCGUGCAUCGAGGGUCAAGGGCUAUCCAGCGUUGAUAAAAAUGGAGCAGGACAUAUCAAGACUCUGCUUGUGAAAUCAGUUGCUCCGGUCCUGAAAACAAUACGAUCGCCACCAGAUUACGUGGAGGAGUACAAGCAGGAUUAUGGAUAUAUAGGGCCUGCAUUGUGCGCUGCAGUCGUAAAAGCACGCACGCAGCCGGCUGCUUUAACAACCACAGCUACAACUACGGCACUCACUACGAAUCAGCAACAAGGCUCUAAUUGCACAGGAAAAACGCUCGUGCAGACAGUAACCAGUUCGAGUCCAGGCCAGCAACCCGGUCGCACAAUCAUGCUUGGCACAAGCAGAAGUGCUACCGGAACUUCCGCCACCGGUGGACAAAAAUUUGUCAUCUUGCAAUCGCGCUCGCAAACACCUACUAUCUCCAAUAUAAAUACCACUAUCAAUACCGGUGCGAUGCAACAGCAGCAGCAGCAGCAGCAGCAACAACAGCAGCAACAGCAGCCGACACAGACACAACCACAAACACAACAGCAGCAGCAGCAAUCGCAGCAACAGCAGCAGCAAGUUAAAUUGGCGCAAACCAAUGUCGUCCAACAGAAGACACAUGUACAGAGUUCUACACCGAAAUUAGUUGUAGUGUGUAUGGCUGCCACUGGCCACACUAAUACGUCAGUGACGCAGGCAAAUCUUACGACAAAAACGCAAAGUGUCUUUGUCACGCAGCAGAGUGGCGAGAGGUCGCUUAGUCCAGAAGAGGAACAGACGUUUCAGUGAAAAAGAAAAAAUAUAUAUAUAUAUAUUAUAGAGUAUAUAAGUGACAAGAGAUGAAAAGAACUUCCAAAUACUUCCUUAUACAGUUAAUACAUUCUUUAGAAUAAGAGAAAAUAUUUCUAAAUAAAAAAUAAACUUUUACGAAGAUAUUGAAUGAA